CAAUAUAAUUUCACUUCCCAGCAUUCAUUUACCAAGUGAGGUCAGAUUCAGAAUGCAGCUGCCAGAAUAUAUUGCCGCUUUAUCUUUCUUCCUAAUCUGCUCUUCCAUUUACUGUGGAUAUGCAGAGGCUCAUCAAGUCACAUUCUAUGUGCACAAUAAAUGCCCCUUUCCAAUAUGGCCAGCAACUGCACCAAACAGUGGCCAACCAGUGAUAGCAGAUGGUGGAUUCUACCUUGCUCCAGAUCAAACCAAACGUGUCAUAGCACCAUGGACAUGGAAUGGUAGAAUUUGGGCAAGAACAGGUUGCAACUUUGGUUCAAAUUGGAAACCAGCUUGUGAAACUGGUGACUGUGAUGGAAGACUAGCAUGCAAUGGACUCAUAGGCACUCCUCCAGCCACACUUGUUGAAGUUUCACUCCAAGGUGGAAAGCCAAAUUUCUAUGAUGUUAGCCUUGUUGAUGGCUACAACAUCCCUGUGUCUAUCACCCCUAGGGUUACAAACCCUAAGUGCAACAUUCAAGGGUGCUUGAAGGAUCUCAAAGGCUUGUGCCCCCAAGAGCUUGAGGUGUUCAAUUCCAAGGGAGAAAUUGUGGCAUGCAAAAGUUCUUGUUUGGCUUUUGAUAAUGACAAGUUUUGUUGUAGGAAUGAAUAUGGGAGUCCAGGGAAGUGCAAACCUAGUGUGUACUCAAAGAUAUUUAAGGAUGCUUGUCCCAAUUAUUUUAGCUAUGCUUUUGACACACCUACUCCAUUGGUGAGUUGUACAUCCUCGGAGUAUGUAAUAACGUUUUGUCCUUAUGGAUGGGGUGAUGGUGAGCACAAAUCUGAGUAGAAAAUUUAUACCUUUGUUGUUUGUGUAUGGAUUUGGUGGGGAUGGAUUGGUGCUAGAAUCAAUUUAGUAUUUGAUUCUUAAUAAGCACUUUUGAUGUAUGUUGCCAUAAAAGUUGUGUAUUGGUUAUUGCAUUUUAUUUAUAACUUAAAGAUACAAUGUGUGAUCG